AUGCCUUAUAUGGGACUGCUGCCCGAGAAGCUUCCGAGUAUGACUAGUAAGAGAGAUGCCGACGGGACGGGCAAGACCAUCACGCUCCUCUCGCUCAUCACCUCCUACCAGCUCGCACACCCCGAGGUCCCGAAGCUGGUGUACUGCACGCGAACCGUGCCGGAGAUGGAGAAGGCGCUUGAGGAGCUGAGGGAGCUGAUCAAGUAUCGCACGUCCAUCCUCGGCGCAGAGGGCGGGAAGAUCCUCGCGCUAGGGCUCUCCUCGAGGAGGAACAUGUGCAUUCAUCCUGAGAUCUCCCAAGAGUCGGACAGGAUCGCAGUAGACGCACAGUGCCGAUCCAUCACGGCGUCGUGGGUGAGGCAGCGUAAGGAGCAAGACAACAACAUCAACGUCUGCAGCUUCUUUGAAGGCUUCGACAAGCAUGGCUCUCAGAGUCUCCUCCAGCCUGGCGUGUACACCCUGGACGACCUGAGGAACAUGGGGAAGGAAAAGGGGUGGUGCCCCUACUUCACCGCCAGGCACAUGAUCCGUUACGCCAACGUCAUCGUGUACAACUACGCGUACGUGAUCGACCCCAAGAUCUCUCUGCUGGUGUCACGCGAUGUUGAGAAGGAGAGCAUCUUGGUGUUCGACGAGGCUCACAACAUCGACAACGUUUGCAUCGAGGCCUUGAGUGUCAACAUCAACAAGAAGAACCUCGACGGCGCUUCGAGGAACAUCGCGACCCUCUCCCGCGCCAUCGAGAAGAGCAAAGAGCAGAACGCUGAGCAGCUUCGACAGGAGUACGAGAGGCUGGUGGCAGGUCUGCAAGGGUCAGGAGCUAUCACCGGAGCUCCUCUCUCCGAUCAGUUCGGAGGGGAUCCGGUCGGGUUCGCCAACGAGCUCGAGCAGUUGAUCCCCGGCGACAUCAUACAAGCGCACAACUUCAUCAGCUUCAUGCGCAAGGUCGUCGACUUCCUCAAGGAGCGGCUUCGAGUCUCCAACACGGUGGAGAUGACCGACAACGUCCCCUUCGUCCGCUCCCUCAUGCAGAAGAUGCAGCUGCAGGAGCCCAAGUCCCUCCGCUUCUCCGCCCAGAGGCUCAAGUCCCUCCUGCACACCCUCGAGGUCGUCGACGUGGACACCUACACUCCCCUCUCCCUCGUCGCUGACUUCUGCGCGCUUGUCUCCACGUACACUCAGGGCUUCAAGAUCAUCAUCGAACCCUUCGACGAGCGUCUGCCCAACGUGCCCGAUCCCAUCCUUCACCUCGCAUGCCUCGACGCCUCCCUUGCGAUCAAGCCUGUCUUCGAGCACUUCCAGUCCGUUGUCAUCACCUCGGGGACCCUGAGCCCUAUCGAUCUCUACCCCAAGAUCCUCAACUUUGUCCCCCUCACCAAGACCUUCGAAAUGUCCCUUUCCCGCCAAUGUAUCUGCCCCAUGAUCGUCACCCGCGGCUCCGACCAGAUGCCUCUCAACGCGCGGUAUCAGAGCAGGAGCGACAGGUCCAUCAUUCACAACUACGGGCGGCUGAUCGUCGAGCUCUCCUCCUGCGUUCCUGACGGCAUGGUGGUCUUCUUCCCCUCCUACCGCUACAUGGAGGAAGUGGUCGGGGCCUGGGCCAACGGCAAAGUCCUUGAACAGAUCACUACCUACAAGCUCCUGUUCAUCGAGACCCAGGAUGUGGUAGAGACGACUCUUGCGUUAGAGAACUUCAAGAGAGCCUGUGACUGUGGACGAGGAGCCGUCUUCUUCUCUGUAGCACGAGGAAAAGUCGCUGAGGGAAUCGAUUUUGACAAACAUUACGGAAGAGCUGUGAUAAUCAUCGGUAUUCCCUUCCAGUACACUCUUUCCAAGAUUCUCCGAGCAAGACUUGAUUACAUGAAGGAGAGGUACCAGAUAGACGAGGGAGACUUUCUCACCUUCGAUGCGAUGAGACAAAGAUACGCGCGCAACGACAAGAAGUCCAAGUUACCAUCAUGGAUUAGACAGUACACUCAUGACACUCAUGUCAACCUUUCUACCGACAUGGCUGUCAACGCAGCCAAGGAGUUUCUGGCCAAGAUGGCAGUCCCACAGAGCAUUGAGAGUCAGGUGCGCGAGAAAUCCUGCUCUUUGCAUCUUACAUCUUGA